AUGUCUGGCCUGUUCAACAAGAAGAGAGCGGAGAGGCGGCGGAAGGAGGUGAAUGAUGGGGGCGCCCAGAAGAAAAAGAAAAAGGCGAAUCUGCGGGAGGAGAUCGAGAGCGACUCUGACACCGAAGUAGCCCCGACUCGCAGGAAGCCGGAGGAGGAGCAGGAGGACCUGGAGGAGACUGCGCAGGAGAAGAAGCUGCGAUUGGCCAAGGGAGUAUCUGCAGCAGCUGCAGGCGCAGGAGGAGGAGCGACUGGAGGACGAGGGCCUGGACGCCAUAGCCAGCCGCUUACAGGAGGAUGUGCUUGAACAGCGAGGAAGACUUCAGCGUCAGCUCGCCAAAGAGGUAACAUUCAUUCCAUAA